UGACGAGGAACUCGUCUGAGGACAACAUUCACUCCGCGGAUUCCUUACUUACAUUCACGCCAUGUGGCUACUCGUAUUAGCAGGUCUGUUGGCGGUUUCCGCCGGCAAGGAAAGCAGCGGUCCAUCGUCAUCUUCAUCCGUCGCUGCUACGGCAGAGAAGAGUUCGUCGAGUCCCGACGAUCUCGUGCUCCUCGAGAUCGACUUGAAGGACCCGGCCAAACGGUCCCCGGUAACAGCAACGGCCGUCUACGGUGCCUCUCCAAGUCAAUACGUGAUCAGACACGGUGACGAAAGUCAAGAGUUGACACCGGAAUACUUGGGCCUGCUUCAGCAGUACACUCAUACCCAGCAAGCACCACAGCCUCAGGCCCGUCGACCACUCCCAGCCUAUGCCAAACAACAACAGCAACUUCAGCAGGCCUACCAAAACUCUCGAGUGCCGGCGGUCGCCCCGCCUAGACCCAGAGCCCAGCUCCACCCUCAAGCACUGGCCCAGGCCGAGGCGGCGGCCCAGAUCCAGGCCCAAAUUGACGCUCAGUCCCGCGCCGAGGCCCUGCAAGCAGCGCGACACGGAGCCAGCUCGUCGGCCGCUCCGACCUACGUGGACCCCAAACUCGGUUCCUUCGAGCAAGAGCUCCUUCAGCUGGUGUCCGCUAAUCAGGCCCAGGAGUUCAAGCUGGCUCGCGGGCCUGCCGAGGCCGGACCCAGAUACGUUGAGCAGACCUACGCCGAUCAGCUUCCGGAACAGUACCAUGUCGAGACCAGUGCGGGAAGGUACCAGCAGCCGUCGGUCCAGGCGGCAUAUCAGACCCAGGAAGACGUGAGCCAGAUCCAGUACCAGGCCCCACGCUAUCAACCCAAACAGGCCAAGGCUUUCAGGCCCUCUCCACGGUACCAGGAUCCCCAAGAACAGGUGAACCUCAAGGCUCUCCAGCAACAGGCUGAGGCCCAAGCGAUAGCUCAGGCCCAGGCUGAGGCUCAGGCCCAGGCACUUGCCUUCCAGAGGAUAUCGCACGCUUCGCACAACAAGCAUCAACAGUCGGCAUUGGAUCAGAUCCGUUUGAACAACGAACAGCACAGACAGGCCGUUAUUGCCGAAGAGGCCCGAGUGAGGAGCGAGCAACAGCGGCAGACGAACGCGCUCGAGCAGAUCCAGCACGGGGCUCACGUCAGCGAAGCCGGACAGGCCCACCUUGCCGCUCAGGCUGAGGAGCAGGCCCACCCCAGACCAGUCGACCACGAGGCCCAGCUGAAGGCCCAGCUGAAGGCUCAGGCCCAUGCCGAGGCGGCGGCGGCCCGACGGGCCCAAGAAGCUGCCGAGUUCAAGGCCCACGCUGAUGCCAUCCGCAACCUUCAGGCCCAGCAACAGGCCCACGUCAAGGCCCAGGAGGACGCACACCGCAACGCACUCGCUCUAGAGCGCAACCAGCUUCGCGCUCAGGCCCAAGCUCAGGCCCUGGCUCAGGCCCAGGCCGAGGCUCUCUACAAGCACCAGCAGCAGGUUCGAGCCAAGGCCCACGGCGAAGCCCAGGCUGCCGCGCGUGCCCAGACCGAGGCCCGAAAGACGGACCCAAACGCCCCUGUGGUUCAGUACCUCCUCCCCACCUCAGUCCCACUCCCCCCACCCAACAGCUACUUCACCAACGAGCAGAUCCAGAAGUACGCGACCUCGGCUUCUUCCUACGUUCCUCGCUCAACGCAGACACCCAAGGCCCAGGAUGAGCAGAGCUACGCUCAGCAGCAGGUCAACCAGCCCCGUCAGGCCCACAAGUACAAGGCCCAGCCCCAGUCCUCGAUCUACGUCUCGCAGUCCGGCAUCGCCAAGAAGGCCCCCGUCAAGUCUCUCACCAUUGAGGAGAUCAUUGAGCAGGAUCAGCAGAGCAGUCCCCAAGUCGUACGGCUCCCGAGUUUGACUGGGCCUCAGUCCCUCACUCAGGAGGAUGUCGCAGCUCUGAUCAGCGCCGGCUACUCCGUCACUCCGGUUCCCCCAGCGAAACCAGCGCAGAGAACCGCAUAUCCUGACCCCGAAAACUCGUCCGUAGGUUAUUAUAAGAAACAACGCAGUCCCGAGUAUGGAUACGAUGAGGCCCAGGUCUCGACCGCGCAGAGAAGGCCCGCCAGGAGGCAGAGGCUUCAUCAAGUAGCCGAAGAAACCGAUUCUAGCGCCAGCGAAAAGGUCCUCUACGUUCUUAGGAGCGACGAAAUAAGUGACGCUAAGGAGUGAAGAAAUCUCGCCGGCAUAAUAUGUAGAAAAUACGAUCUCGAUGGACGGAAUUAUCGCACCGCGGUUGCUUGAUUUGGGUGCUUGCUUCUUCUCUUUUUUCAAUAUUCCGAAAAGUUUUUUAUUGCAAUGGUUGAGUCUCGAGAGGUUCGAAGAAACGUUACGUCGAAAACUUAGUCGAUCAUCAGUUACCUGGGGAUCGAAAUAAUUAUCGAUUUAAAAUCAUGAUCGUCGGGAAUUUAAUUUUAUAGAAAUUUUGAAUGGGAUUUGGAUUAGAAUUUAUCGCAAUUUUUGAGAGAAAAAUCGGAAACUUAUCACCUGACCGCAGACUACGCUUUUUUGACUCGAGGCGAUGAGUUGUAACUGAAAACAACAUUUGUUUUCCUUAGUUUGACACAAAUACAAUAUGAAAAAAAAAAAAAAAUUCAUUCGAUCAUCCAAAUAAAUUAUAGACAAUUUAUUUCCAAGAAGAGGGAAAAUCCUUGUUCAAUCAGAUUUUCAUUCACUCGCGAUUGAAUAAAAUUUUCCUCUACCAAAUCUCAAUUUUCUUUUAAUUUUACAUUCGAAUGAAUUUUUUUUUUUCAACCUAGAGAUGAAAUUAUAAUAUAGGCAAACCAAUGUUAUGCACCAAACUGCCACAUUAUUUUCGCGGGAAAAGAACUUUUUUCGCUCUCUUUUCGCGAUUUUUAUUUACACUCUAUUUUAAUUUUAGAUCAUGUGUGUGUUUAUUUUAAUUGCAUUUUUGUUUUUUUUUUUUUUUUUAUCGAUCAACUUUUAGUAAUAAGUUAUAUAAACUUUCGCUAUUUUUGUACUAUCUGAAAUCACGCGGAGAAGAUGAGGGGGAAGGAUAUAACCUGUGUACACGGUGACGCUGCUGAAAACUUGAAAAAUAAACUAUAUUUAUACACAUAAACGUACUUGAUACACGUCUGUAAAUAUCUUAUAAAAAAAAUGUUUGCCAAUAAAAUUGUUAAAAAUCUGU